AAAAAAAACAAUUUUGACAGUGUAUAACAUUUAGAUCCGAGUGAGCUGGCAACACUGGUUAGAAUUUAUUUUAUUAUGUUUAAUUUUUAAAUCAAACGGCCCUGUCUCUAUAACCUGUAAAACUUUAAAGGAAAGUAAUUUUUAACAUUCCUAUUUCUUACCUACUACCAAAGAAAGGAAAUUAACGUGUUUUUAUUUGUAAUUGUCCUAUUAUUGUAUUGUUUAUAUUAAAAUCUGUGUGUUAUUAUUUGGUCCAUUUUAAAUAAGUAACAUGGAAAACAUUCGAAUCAUAUUUGUGAUACCUGGAAAAUUCAGCAGUCAAAAUGAAUGUUCAGAAGUAAUGCAUUCAGCAUAUGAGAUUUGCAAACAAAACGUGAACACCAAUGUUAAUUGGAUUUCAGAAUCUAAAUUUAAGCCCGCCAAAUUGAACAAAACUGAUUUUGUAGUAUUUGAAGAAUUCGAAGGAAAGGUCUUCGAAGAGCUGAAAUCUACCAAGAGCGCUAGGAUCGUUGGUCCCUGGGCCGUAACUAUCUGCCUCAUGAAAGGACAACCAAUUCCUAAUUUUGAUUGGCCUAUAUACAAUGUGGCAAUGUAUGAUUGCAUAGUUACUUGCUCACAUUUGCCUAAAAAUAUUAAAUUACAAAUGAAGACGAAAAUAGAACUAAUGGGGGGUUGUUAUGUAGAUAGUCUCUUGGAAAAAAAUACACAUUUGAUUACAGGCAGUGCAAAAUCCGAGAAAUAUUUGAUUGCUGCAGAAGCUGGGGUAAAACUAAUGCGUACAUCUUGGGUGGAAAAGGUGUGGGAAGUUAGCCAGAAUACUAAUGUUCAUGCUGAUGAUGAUCAAUUCAAAAGUCACUAUUGUCUGGCUUUCCAUAACCUUGUUAUAAGUUCUACAGGCAUAACUAAUCCAAUAGAGAAGAUGAAAAUUGAGAAAAUGAUAAAGGCAAAUGGUGGUAUUUUUACAGGAAAACUUAAUUUGACUAAUACUGAUAUUCUUAUUUGCUGUGGAGAUGUGAUACACAGUGAAAAGUAUAAAGCUGCUCGACAAAAUACGCACAUCAAAUGUGUUGACGUUGAAUGGGUAACUGACAGUGUAGCCAAAGGUUAUGCCCUGCCACACCAUUUAUACCAAGUCAAGAAGAUUACUUCUACGCCCACUAAAUAUGACAAGCCUGUCAAUCCCGAGUUUUCAAUUUUGAGUGCUAUUGGCGGCCUAAAUGCUUCACAGCAAACAUCUGUAGAUGAUAGUAUAGCGACGUUCUCUCCAAGGCAAAGCGACAGGGUUAAAAAUUUUAAAAGAAAAGCUAAAGAUUACUAUGAAGAUUUAGUUGAUAAUUUGGACAUAAAAAAAGCCAAAAGGGCAGGACAGUAUCUAGAUGGGUGUUCUGUAUACCUAACAGGUUUUAGCACCGAUCACACCGAGAAACUGAACAAAAUCAUAAAUUUAAGCGGCGCCACUAGAUAUGAUACUUUUUCAGACAGAGUAACGCACGUUAUAGUUGGCGAUACUUCUACCCAUGAGAUGACACUUAUUAAAAAUAAAAACACUUCAGCCGUACUGGUAUCUAUUCAUUGGUUAGUUGACAGCAUAGAAGAGGGGCAUCCGGUUAGCGAAGAAAAGUAUUUGAUUAUUUCUGAAAGGGAUAAUAGUCAGUUGGGGUCUCCUUUGAGCAAAAAAGGUUUAAGUUUACUUCGGGCCAAUAGGACUGCAACUGAAAAAGAUAUUGAAUUAGGUAAUAUAAAUAAAAAUUAUGAAGAAGAUGAAGAAAUGCAAAGGUCAUCAAACGCUACUCUUGCACGCUUAACUAAAAAAAAUAUUGAAUUAAAUAAUAUGAAUAAUAAUGAUGAAAGAGAUGAAGAAAUUACUACUAAGAAUUCGACAGCUUCUAAUAUUUCUGACACCUUGGGCAAGCUCUUAGAGGGCAUUGACAAUACUAAUUUUACUAAAGCUCCUCAAAUCGACGAGCUUCCCAAAGCGACUCCUCAAUUUCAACCUUCUGAAACAUCUACACAGCAAUCGUCGAUAUCCGUGACACAAGAUGCUGAAUCUGAAAUUGAUAAAGUUUUUGAAAAUAUAAAAUUUCUCGUUAUCGGAUUUGAUGAAGAAGAAUUUGAAAAAUUAAAGGAAUCAAUCUUGGAGCUAGGUGGCGAAGUUGUUUCAAAAACCUACAAAGGAAUACCGGAUUUCGCAUUGGUUCCAGUUUUUAAUCAAAAAGAGUUACGUCACACUGCUUCUGAAGUAAUAAAUGACCUUUUUAUUGCCGACUGUAUAAGAGAACGGGAACUUAUAUUGAGCAUUCCUUAUUACCAUAGGCCGUUUGAUUUACCGGACGCUAAACCACUGGAAAAUUGCGUAGUAACUAUAAGUAGUUAUACAGGCACAGAACGUGUUUUUCUAAAAAAUUUAAUAGAAGCCUUGGGUGGUCUACCUCAAGAGCAGUUCUCUAGAAUUAGACAAGAAGCAAAAAAUCUGCUUCCAAGUACACAUUUAGUAAGUCCAGAACCUGCGGGGAAAAAGUAUGAAGCCGCUUUAAAAUGGGGAUUACCUGUAGUAGGUAAUGAUUGGUUACUUGAAUGUGCUAAGACUGGAAAAAGGGUAUAUGAGGGAGAUUAUCUCCUAGGAGACUCAAAAGCUCCUGAUAGGAGAGAAAACUCCACCGAAAAUACACUUCGAAAAGACAAAUCUUUAAUGGAAAUGCAAAAGACAACUUCAACUCCUACAUCAAGUCCGGGCCCUAGCAGACUAUCAAAAGUAUUAACGCCUGUCAAUCAGGUCACACCUUAUCACAAACGGUUUUUAAAUAGUGCAGAAAAAUUCAGCCAAGUAACACCGGUCAACAAAAUUAUGAAACAAUUUCGAGAAAGCAAUUUAAAUUCCAGUGUUACUACUAAAGAAACCACCGAUUACACUAUACCUCAACCAUGGGCGUUUGUAAAGACUCCAAAUACGCCUUUAGAAGCUUGUUUGACUCCAAAUCCCUCUUCAUCUUUAAGAAAACAAUGUGCUUACUGGUUGCAGCAAAUUCCUGAUAAGGGAUCUCCAAAAAGUAAUAAAAGCACCCCCUUAUCUGAAAUAAAACGUCAAUUGUGGGAAAAGGUGGCUAAAAUUAAUGGUGAAAAACUAGAUUUUAGUGAAAGUGGAGAAGGCACUAAACUCCAGGAGAAUGAAGAUGGUGCAAACAAAGAGGUUUGUUUGGGCGAAGCUGAAGAAACGCCGGAAAAACAACAACUAGCUAAUAGGCUUCAACAAUUAGAAGAUCUGUUGAGUGCUAGUGGUUGUGGGAAAAGGCAAAGCAGAAAUUUUCAAUCUACCAUUCCUGUACCAGCAGGCACAGCAGAAUUUAAAGAUUCUCAACCUUGCACAGUAGGAUGGGAUUUCAGGUCUCAAGAAGAGCACCAAAGCCGGCACAGAAUAUUUUCUUUGUCUGGAAUCGCCGAUGAUUCCGAGAGAGCCAGGAUGGUGCAGCAAAUAGAACAAUUAGGAGGUACCGUUUCCAGUCUGGCCAAUUAUGAUCCUGCUUGUACGCACCUCAUUUGUCCCAAAGCGGGAAGAAACGAGAAAACGUUGUCUUGCAUGGCGGCCGGCAAAUGGAUUUUGCAUACUUCAUAUUUGGAAAAGUCCGUAGAGGUUGGGUAUUUGGUAGAUGAAGAAGAUUAUGAAUUUGGCAAUCCUAAAUCGGUAGGCAAAUUUCCCUCGCCCGGCGAUAGAGAGACCGAAUGCCGAAUGCAGAAAAUGCAUUGGUGGCGAAAGGAAGUGUCAAGAAGAGGAUAUGGUGCUUUUAAUGACAUGAGAGCUAUAAUUGUAGCAAAUAAAAGAGAUCCAAUUGUAAGAGUUGUUGAGGCUGGAGGGGGAGUGGUGAUUGAUAUGAAACCACCGUUCGACGAUACAAUUCAUGCGACCCAUUGCUUGUUGGAGCAAAAAAGUGUGAAAAAAAUUGAAGAUUACAUACCUUUGGCCAAGCAAGGAAUAUUCCUAGUAAAUACAGUAUAUAUUAGUGACUAUCUGCAUCAACCCAACAAAAACAUCAGGGAAUGUAUCUUACCGUAUUUUUCCAAAUAUUACGGGAGAAGUUGAUAAUUCUUAGUUUUUAAGCUCAAAAAUGUGAUGUAAAUAAGUCUUCUAUUUUUUAAAUUUUUCUUUUAAUAAAAACGAAUUAAAUA